GGAAAUGACCAACCCCAUUGCAUUUCUGUGCAUAACCGUUAAAAGUAUAGUCACUUCUCAGCGUAUUGUGAAAAUUAUUGCACUCGCUUAUAAAUUUAAUUACGACAAAUCAGUGAAAUUAAAUGCAUUAAAUUGUAAAACUAUGUGGUUGCCGAAUGAAAAAUUAACAGUGUCAACUCAGCUACUACAAUGCUUCAUAUGGAAUAUCCACACCAAGCCAUCUAUGCACCGUUAAAUCAGGUGAUUACAGAUUCGGACGAGGAAUCUGAGGAGGAAAUACAUAAUAGCACGAAACAUCCAAAGCAUCAGCUAUACCACCAAAAACAGGUGCAUCAAAACGGAAGUGUUGUUGGUAAAAAAGAACCACCCAAGAGUCUUGCACUGCGACAAUUGCAAAGCAACUUGAAUACAGCACAUUUCACGCAUAACGACGAUUCGCUUUCAUCAACAAUUCUAAGCAACCAGACAAUCAAUAACCAAACCAGAUCAGGACCACAGCCCAGCAGUUACACGACCAACAUGCAGAACACUUUUAGAUCCGUCAUGAUGUCCGAUAUUGGCCUGAAUGAUCAGGCCAGCAGUUUCUCGAGCUUUAAUAGCGACUACGAUGAGCGCAAUCAUAUUGAUGCAGAUAAUGUAGCCAUUUUGGGACGUGGUAGCUUAAAGGAUCUUAGCACUCAUGAGCCUAUGUCUCCGGCGCGGCGUUGUUGUUUUAUAUCAUCACUGCUUUUAUGCGUGUUUGCCAUAUUCGGUUUCGUGUGGCUGGUGCCCUGUAAUGAAACAUGUCCUGCGCCAGUAGAUCAAGUACGCACACACAAUUGGUUGAACAACUAUACGAAAAUCGAACUGAAGGGUGGUGUACACAUUGUCGGCGGAUUGCGAAGUUGGGAGAAUAAUUUAAUAUUCUUGUAUCGUGGCGACGCCUUUUUUCCCAAUAAUAAUAAUGCAAAGCGUAACGGUAUUAUCUCGUUAAUAGGCAGUUCGGGUGCUGUAGCCUGGUACGAUGAGAUGAUAGACGAACCUGUUGCUAUCGAUUGCACGCUGAUAGACGUAGAUCGGAAUGGGCGUUCCGAUUGUUUGGUAUUGGGUGAGUUUGGUGAAUUGAGCGCCAUCGAUCCCAUUUCAGGCGAGUGGCACUGGCAUUACAAAGAACGUUUGCCACACAGAGUAGAUGCUUUGGACUUUCCAGUGAUUUUACCAGAUUUAGAUGGUGAUGGUGUUUUGGAGAUAUUAAUGGUAACCAGUGUACCAUUCGAGCUGCGUACACGUAAUCUUGUGCACAAAGGUGAACUACGCGCUGGCAAUCAUCGUGUGGAGGAAAGAAAUCUCUUACGUAUACUAUCUGGGCGUAACGGCAAGCCCAUUGGUGAUGGCUUUAAGUUGCAAGACUGUGACGUGGUGCAUAAGCUGCAGCUGAAGAAUCCUGAAAAAAUAACCUUCAACUGUUGGCGCAAUAAUACAGAAGCGCAACGUUCGAAAACCUUAGCGGAUUUAUUUGCGCUUAUAACGAACAAAUCUAUUGCCACUGGCCAGAAGUUAUUGCCGGCAUCGAAAAUCGCACAACAUCGCCACUACGGGCAACGUAAAGAAAUCGAUGCCCAGCGCAACAUUUACUCGCUCAGUGGACGCGAACUGGUGGUGGAGAAUCGCGGAAAAUGUCCGGAUGAUUGCAAUGUCACAUUCGUGCUUCGCGAGACACGCAACAACAAAACUACUGUGCUGCGAAACUUUACAAAUUCGGCAAUGUAUGGCAUGGUGCCAGCGCAAUGGCAUUUCAAAAACACUGAGAAGGAAAAGUCAGGCUUUGUAAUCAAGUUUUGGAAGUGGAACAACCACAAAGAAACGCUUCGUGGACCAAUCAAAGAGGAUGCGCCCGGGAAUGCAUACUAUACGCGCACUAACCAGGCUGCAUAUGCAAGUAAAAAGGCCAAGUCUCAUGUGGGCAAAGAGAAUACUACAAAAACAACGAAGCAGAAUCAUAUCACAACAAAUAAAACAAAACGACAAAGUGGGAAUGAGAAACUACACAAUGGCCAGCAGCUGGUGCAUGAGUUUCCCACAAACACGUUCAGUGCAUUCGACCAUCUCAUACAGAAGAGGCACACAUACACGCUACCCCUUGCGGAGCAUAAUGUAACACGUGUACGACGCAGCAGCAGCAGCAGUAAUUUGCUGCUCAAUAAUUACAAAAUGCAAAUGAUUACAGAAACUGUAAUGCUGGUGAUUUUCGUGGGCGCUGAAUAUCGCAUCGAAAAUACCUCGCAGAGCAAUAUUGUGCAAUUUUGUCGCAAUGAUCAUAAUGAAGUCAUCUGCCAGCCGGAUUUGAACAAUCAGGAGAAUUCGAUGUUAAUAGCCGAUUUCGAUUCGGAUGGGUCACAGGAAUUGGUUUCCUAUUCUUCAACAUUUACACAGCACGGCGAGGAUCCGGAAGAUUGGAAAUUAGUCACUUAUGUGCGAUUGUUGAGACUACAAGCAGAGCUGCCCGGCAUUUAUGGCGAAAAGCAACUCGACUAAAACAGUAUAUAAGCGAUUCGAUUUUAGUUUUGAUGAUAGUGAAGAGGGAAAGUCAUUUUGUAGCCAAUGUUAUAAAUACUCGUACAUAUAAGUACACAAACAUACAUUUGUAGUAUAUCCAAUUGUUCUCAUAU